CUCAAAGAUCUCCGAAGUGCUUGUCAGUUUUCUAAGUCGGAGCCAUGGCGACAACAGCUCAGUAUAUUCCGCGGAAUAACUCAUUGCCUUCGAACCCGCUAAUGCAUCCGGAUUCAGACAGGAUGCACCAGGGGACGACCUACAGAGAGGUGCAGAAAAUGAUGCACCACGAGUACUUACAAGGGCUAGCGACCAACACGGGACAUCCGAUGAGCCUAACGCACCACCAGUGGCUGCCAACCUCCAACACCGACUGGACCAGCGGCACCCACAUCGGACAAGCGGAGCACAACAAAGCCAGCGUGCAGAGCAGGGAAGACCUGGGGAACGGCUAUCACAGAUCGCAUCUGGUCCACCAACCGACGCAAAACAGUCACCACGGCUCAUGGGCACCGACCACAACGCACCACUUAUCCCCGCUCUCUCCCGCCUCCAAUGGUCACCAGUCUCUGGUCUACUCGCAGACGGGCUACACCAUGCUCAGCCCCCAACCGUCGCUGCACCACGGCUUGCGGGACCCGCUCCACGACGACGCGGGCAGCCACGACAACCAGAUGGAGUCGCCCCAGCAGCCGUUCAGCCACCACCAGGACCACUCGGACGAAGACGCCCCCAGCUCCGACGACCUGGAGCAGUUCGCCAAACAGUUCAAGCAGAGGCGCAUCAAACUUGGGUUUACGCAGGCGGACGUGGGCUUAGCUCUUGGCACGCUCUACGGAAACGUCUUUUCCCAGACCACCAUCUGUAGAUUUGAGGCUCUCCAACUGAGUUUCAAGAACAUGUGCAAACUUAAGCCUCUGCUAAACAAAUGGCUCGAGGAGACAGAUUCAAACACUGGCAGCCCCACGAAUUUAGACAAGAUUGCAGCACAGGGCCGGAAACGAAAGAAGAGGACCUCCAUCGAAGUCGGAGUGAAAGGGGCACUGGAGAACCAUUUCUUAAAGUGUCCCAAGCCCUCAGCCCACGAAAUCACCACUUUAGCGGGCACUCUGCAGUUGGAAAAAGAGGUUGUGCGCGUGUGGUUUUGCAACAGAAGACAGAAAGAGAAAAGAAUGACACCGGUGGGGGUCCCUCAUCCAACCAUGGAGGACGUUUACUCACAAGCGGAGACACCCCCUCUCCAUCACACGCUACAGAGUCCUGUCCAGUGACUGCUAUCAUAAACAGUGUCCUUGUUUGAAAAGAAACUAAACUGCAAUGGAUUUUGUUUAUCCCAUUUGUUUAUCCCAAGUCACCAGAGACAGAAAGUUUGGGAAGAGUUCGCUGACAGUGACCGGAUAGGUUACGGGACACCAAUAAUUUCUCAAUAACGCGAAAAAUUAUUCAUUUCCCGCGUCAGCAUUCGCGUGUACCUAUUUAUUAAAUCAGUACCAGUGUUUACGAAAGUCGUAUCGUUUGUGCCACUUUGGAAAAAUUCGAUUCUUUCACCGUCGAUCAAAGGGAGCUACGAGCCACAAAAAAGGGCAAAGUCUCCUUGGACAAAGGAGAGUGGACAGUGAUUUUAAUUAAAGCAAUUAACCAGAUUAAUUAUCAGAAUUAUCAUUUAUCUGAUAUUAUUUGUAUUAUUUACUUUAUUUGGAAUGUUUAACAUUAAGAUCUUUCUGUCUAGCGAGUAUUUUUCUUUAUUUUUAUUUAAGACAGAUGAAAUACGUGAUGUACAAAACAGGCACUUGGUCAAAUCCUCCAAUACAAGCAAGUGCACCAGAAACUGUUUACAAUGUUCAUUCAUUAGCACCUGAUAUCGUCUAAAGAUGCAGAGACGUUAAAAUGGCAACAUGAAAACACUGUCUGACACAAUAUUUAGCAAUUUUGAGUUACACUGGUUUUAUUAUUUUCCUCUUUGCAUGAGGCACUUAUAAUAAUUUAAAUUCAAUUUCUUUCUUUUAUUUUUAUUUUUUACAAUGUAUUUGUUCAAGGUAUACGACAAUAAUGCUUUAAUUGUUUACAUUUUUUUCCAGUUUCGUGUUUUUUUGAACCGGCACUAUUUCAGCAUGUCUGCUCCAGCUAAACAUAGCCUAAUGAGAGUGAUAAGUCAAAAUGAAAAAGAAAGAAAUAUCUCAGGUAAUUUUCAGUGCCCAAAAAAUCGUGCUGUACUCUUAGUUCUUCUUGAAUAUUGGCCAACUCUUGACACUCUCUAUGUCAGCUGUGCCCGUUUAGUUUAUGUUAAUUGCAUUUUGCAUCCUACUCUUGAGCCUGGACACGGAGAAAAGUAGUUGUUGUAGUAAAUAAGGGAUUUUUUCGGGACUUCUUUUCAAGAUUUUGGGGGAAAAAAUAAGAGGCUGGUAACGUUUCGUGUCGUUUCUCAUGGUCUGGCAUUUUUUCAUUGGACAGCAGGUGUUCAUUUCUGCAAUGUUAUUUGAAACAGUGUGAAUAUUACAACCUUUUUCCAAAAAAUAAUAAAAAUAAAAAUAAAUUACAAGAGAAAAGAUUUUAAAUAAAUAGUUGUCAGGAUUAUUUCCAAUAUGUAAAUAUGUCGAAUAUGUAAACAUAUGUAUUUGUUCUGGGUUCGUUUUGUUUUGUUUUGUUUUCCGGGCAGUUUUGUACACUUACUAAUUCCAAGAAGAUAUUUUAAUAUUUCAUUUAUGACCAUUUAUAUAUCUAUAUAUUUAUUUCCUACGUGUGUUUGGAGCUUUUUUUUGUUCAGCUUUGUUGAUUAUGUUGCAGUGGAUUACAAAUGUUUUGUUUACUACAUUGGUUGUAUGUUGAUUGCGAAAUGUAGACUGCAAAGUCACGUUUAUAUUUAUGUUAUAGUAAUAUU